CUCUUCAGCACUACAUUCAAACAGCAGAGCUCAAAGCAACACAGGACAGAAAAGGAAGGACACCAAGUUGACAAACUGCACUAUCACUUCUCCGGCGAGUUUUUUGAACGGCAACUUCUUCAUUUUAAAGUUUGAGCUCUUGUACAAUUUGAGAACAACAGUAUGAUGAGCAAAGUGAUCCUCGGUGCUCUGCUGGUCCUGCUGGCCUCUGUGGCUAUCAGUGAAGGAAUGACUCUAAGAAGUUUGGGAGUUGAGCUGCACUGCCGCUGCAUCCAGACGGAGAGCAGACCCAUCGGCCGCCACAUCGAGAAGGUUGAGCUGAUUCCCGCCAACUCGCACUGUGAGGAGACCGAGAUCAUUGCUACACUUAAAAAGACUGGACAGGAGGUGUGCCUUGACCCCGCGGCUCACUGGGUGAAGAGAGUCAUUGAGAGGAUCCUCAAUAACAGCAAAAGACGUUGAGCAGCCGUCCAAAUGGGGAGGAAUGCUCCGCGAGCUGCAUUCACGAAAAUGUGGAACAAGUACGAAAGUGUUCACUCGUUCAAGGACUGGCCUCGUUUAAAAACAGAGAACAGCUGACUUGAACAACUGUGGAAGCCAUCAACAGAUGAAUUAUGUUUGAAUCAAACAUGUUAUUUAUUUUCAAGUACGCAUGUGUUUGGACACGCACAGUCUGUGGUGUAGCCUCUUCGCUGAGGCUGCAACAAAGUAUUACUACUAAUAUUGCUUUAACUUAUGCUGCACAUAUUUAAUAUAUUUAUGAAGUGUUUAUCUAUCUGAAUGCAAUAUUUGUAUUUUUUGUCCUGCACCCUUUUGAUGAAUAAAAGGAAAAAAAUUAAGUUAAU